AAGUCUUCCAUUCCGACCUCAAGUCAAGUCAACUAGCGUAGUAGACACACAACACAACACAACACAACACAAAACAGUGCUUAAACUAACGGUACUAAAGACGAGACAAUGAAACUAGAGAACAAGUUUUUUGGCUCCCUAAUUCUGAAUGGCUUCCCACUCCAUUUGGGGCUUCCAUUUUCUACUCUCUUGUUUCAUGCUUCUUGUCUUGGCUUCUGUUCACCCGGUUUUGGUAGACCCCCAACAAUGCCCCCAAGAGCCUGAGCCCUGUGGAUUUCUCGGGAACAUCUCCUUCCCCUUUACAACUUCUGACAACUCAGAUUGUGGCUUCCAAAUAAGAGGCUGUGACCUCGAAGAUCAAGUUAAGGAAAUCCAAUUGACAGAUCAGGAAUGGUAUAAAAUUGAUAGCAUAUUGAACAGCUACGGGUACAGUUAUAUUAUAAUCCAUUACCCCGAUUUUGACGCUUUGUCCGCUCCAUGGACGCUUAAAAAGCCUUUUCAAAUCGAUAACAAUAUUACCUUCUCCAAAUGCAUUUCCAACCCCACUGAGAGCACAAUCCAUAAGCCUGACAUGUCCUUAUAUAGAAAAUGUCCUUACUUCGAUAUCUACUUCAGUUCUUCCUCUAAAAAUGGUGAUCCUCUUCCCAUGUCGCCCUUCCCCUUGCCCAUGCCCAGCCUUCCCUUCGCAUGUUUACUUUUUCAGUUUCUUCCACUUGGACAAGUAACCAUUCCCACUUGCCCUUCAUGUACAUUCCUAUUUUCUCUUCUCCAAAUUAAACUAGACUUGCCCAAAUCUUGUAUUCACUGUCAUCCACCAUAUUUUCAUCCACCAUCACCUGGACCAGAGCCAAAGAGCAAGGAGUCUAAGAAAACAGGUGUUUCUUCUGCAGGUUUAUCUAUUGGAAUACCAAGCGCGGUUGCAUUUCUUGCCCUGGUGGUUAUUCUUUGGCUGUACAAAGGAAGAAACAGAUAUAAAGGCCUCAAAAACCAGCCAAGAAGCGCUUAUUCUGCUUCCUUAAGAAACACAACGAUCCGAGAAAGUGGGGCUCUCUACUUUGGGAUCCCUGUCUUCUCCUAUGAGGAGCUCCAACAGGCAACCAACAAUUUCGAUCAAGCUAGGGAACUUGGAGAAGGAGGCUUUGGAACUGUUUACUACGGAAAGCUUCAAGACGGGCGUGAAGUUGCAGUGAAGCGUCUGUUCGAGCGCAACUACAGGCCAGUGGAGUCAUUCAUCAAUGAAAUUCAGAUCCUCACACGUCUUCGCCACCAGAACCUCGUGACCCUCUAUGGCUGCACUUCGCGUCACAGCCGUGAGUUACUCCUAGUAUAUGAAUACAUCCCAAAUGGCACUGUAAGUUCCCAUCUCCAUGAUGAUCAAGCAAAGCCAUGCCAAUUGACUUGGCCUGUGAGAAUGAAAAUUGCCAUAGAGACUGCAAGUGCAUUGGCUUAUCUCCAUGCUUCAGACAUCAUUCACCGUGAUGUGAAAACCAGCAACAUUCUCCUUGACAGUGACUUCAGCGUUAAGGUUGCGGAUUUUGGUCUCUCAAGACUGUUCCCUGAUGAUGUCACACAUGUCUCCACAGCUCCAAGGGGAACUCCGGGUUAUGUUGACCCGGAUUAUCGCCUGUGCUACCAGCUUACAACCAAGAGUGAUGUGUACAGCUUCGGUGUUGUGCUUGUUGAGUUAAUAUCAUCUCUCAAAGCAGUUGAUAUUAACAGGAGCAGGGAUGAUAUUAAGCUGGCGAAUCUUGCCAUAAGGAAGAUUCAAAAGGGGGCGUUUUGUGAGUUGGUUGAUCCUUCCCUUGGAUUUCAGUCAAAUGAGAAAUUGAAAAGGAUGGUAAUUUCGGUGGCGGAAUUGGCUUUUCGGUGUUUGCAAGGGGACAAGGAAUUGAGGCCCUCUAUGGUUGAAGUGUUGGAGGUGCUGCAGAUGAUUCAAAGUGGGAGAGAUGAGCCAGGGAAUCUUGAGGGAAUUGAAGUUCAUGGUACUGCUAGAGCUACACAAAGCUAUGCUCAUCCACCUCUGAUGCGGCCACACCAGCGCCUUCACCAAACCCAAUGAUGAAGGGGAUACUUCGUAUUUGUGGCUAUCCGGUUAGAAUCUGUUUGGACAUAAGUUUAGAAGAAUGUUAGAGAGUAUUUUAUACUAAAAAUAAAGGUUUUUUUUUUUUUUAAGUUCUCAAAACUACUUCUAGAUUGUAUUCAAAGCUCUUAGUCUUUGAUUUCUAAUGACUGAUACCGGAUAUUUGUUUAUUAUCCUCGUUGUACUAUGUAGACAAGAAUGAUGAUAUUUUGAUAGUGUCCUUAUUUAUGUUAUAAAGCUUAACCAUACAACUCAGAGGAGGAAAGUAUGAGCAAUUACGUUGUUAACAACUUUAA